UGCUCUCCAUAACCCGUCCUCGACGCCGACGACGAUGACAGCCUCCUUCGCGGCCUAUGCGUCGCAAUUUCUAAAUCGCCAGAAGAACGGUGGAUCGAGUCUGACCUCGUCACAACCCAUGUUCUUCUCCUUCACCACACAGGACGACGGCUCGCGUGCGGGGAACGAGCACGAUGCGGACCUGGAUGAUCUUGAUGACCCGCAUCUGAGAGCGAGCGGGGCGACGACGAGCAGAGGAGAUCAGUCGAGACGAUAUGAGAGAGACGACGACGACGACCCGUACCUACGACUAGACGAGGACGAACUCGCACCGGCGCCAGGGGCCUCGAGGUCACGAUACGAUGCACACUCGAUCCCUCUUCUACAGUCCAACACUCUCUCGGACACCGAGCCCAGCAGAGGCUGGCUUGCACACCAGUCGUCCCCGCUGCGCUCGCCGUCGCCGCCGACGUCGUCGUCUGAAUCAGAGCCAGACUCACCGCCAGCCGACCUAGUGAACCCCGGACUGGGCAAGAGCCAUCGUGCUCAUCCUGUGCCGCCACCGCCGCCAGUGUCGCUCUCACUGACACAGUCGCUGCUGCCGAGAGACGGACGGACACGACCGCUCGAUGUUUUCUCUUUGCCCGAUCCACGGCAUGUCGCCCGAGGGAGACGGAAGUACAAUGACUCGAUAUGGACCGCCGUCUACUGUGCCAGCCUCUCCCUCUGCAUCUUCUUCUCCGUCCUCAUCCUCUUCUUGACAAACAAACCUCAGAACUAUCCCUCCAAAUUUCCUUUUCCGUACACAACAUUGUUGCAUACCGUUCCGCUGCUUACGAUCCUCACCUUCGUUAGCGCCGUGGUGGCGUACGCUCAUAUCUUGCUCCUACGAGUCUUCGUAAAGCCCGUCGUCUUUGCUACUUCCGUCUUCGUUCCUGCUACUCUCUUCAUUUCCGCAAUAUGUGCAUUCGUGGGGAGCUUCAUGUGGGAUGGCGAUACGACACCCACUUGGGGAGAGACAUGGGGUCUCCGUCUCUUCUCCCUCGUCCCCUUAGUUCUAUCUCUUCUCACCGCCCGCCGUCUCGUCAAUCUCCCACGAGACAUUCACACAACAUCCGCCCUUCUAACAAUGGCCACCGACCUGCUCUACAUCAACCCCUUUCUCCUCGCACUCUCACCCGCAGUCCUCCUUUCCGCCCUUCUCAUCUCGAUACCUUUCCUCACGCUCAUCUUCCGUCUGCUCCUUGUCGGGCACUUGACAUCUCGAGGGGGUCAGGGCGAGUGGCAGAUCGAAGGAUGGGCAGAUUGGGCGAUCUGUGCCGUCGUGGCGGUAUGGCUGUGGACAUGGGGACUCGCAAGGGGAUUACUACGCGUAUCGACCUCCGGCGUCAUCGCAGCAUGGUACUUUUCCGACCCCGACCUCCCACCUCCCCCGCCCACAUCAACACACACCAUCCACGCCGCCCUCUUCCGCGCCACACACUCCUCCCUCGGCUCCAUAAUCCUCUCCUCCCUAAUCCUCACCUCCCUCCGCAUCCUCGCCUUCGCCUCCCUCUUCCUCCGCACCGUCCCCUCCUACCUCUUCACCGUCCUCCCCAUCCCGCUUCCAUUGCGGCCGUAUGCGACGACAGCGGUCUGGGGCGCGGGGAUGGCGGCGGGCUGGUUGGAAGGCGUGGGCGGGAAUUUGAGCGGGUAUGCGUUGGUUUAUGUGGGGAUUACGGGGGACGGGUUUUGGAUUGGAGCGAGGAGGGGGAGGGAGUUGGUUAGGAGUGUGGAGAGUGGGGGUGCGAAUGCGAGGGGGGCUGGAGGAGGGGGGAGGUAUGGGAGGAAGUUCAAGACUGAACCCCCCCUCACACUCCUAACCAUCGCCCCCCUAACACUCACCUUCCCCUUCGCCCUCUCCACCUACCUCUUCGUCGCACACACCCUCUCCGCACCACAACAGGCCCUGGGCGCGUCCGUGCUCGCGGGCGGCGUGACCGCGCUCGUGGGCUUGUUCUGUGUGGGGCUGGUGAGGGAUGUGGCGGAUACGCUGUGGGUUUGUUAUUGUAUUGAUAGGGAGAGUGGGGGUGGGAGAGGGGAGAGGGGGAGGGUCGUGCUUGAGAUGUUCGAAUACGACGCUCGACGAACUAACACUAACACUUCCCGCUCCGCACCACCCCACCAACACCAACACCAACAUCCCCACACCCACACCCACACCCGCGCCCGACCCUCACACGCACAGUCUUCGUCCUCACGUCGCCAACAACAACAACAACAACAACAGCGUCAUCAGCCCCCGGUCCCGAAACCCAACCAGCCCAUCUCACAGCGCGUGAACGAGCAUAUGACGAGUCCGGAGUCGUCGCCUGAGUUGGGGGAUAGUGUCGAGUUGCCUCUGGGGAUAGGCGAAGAUGUAGGUGGAAGGGGAGGAGGGGCGGUGGUGUUUGAUGAGCGGGAGGAGGAGGAGGAGGAGGAGGAAAGGAGGGAGAAAGUUGGGAGAGGGUCGGGAGCUGGAGUGGGAGUGGGAGGAGGAACAGGCGGAGGGAGAAGAGAGGAUGAGGGAGAUGAGGGAGAUGUGGAUCCGUUUAUGAGGGAUAUGGAUGAUGAGGAGGGUGGGGACGAUCGUCUGCAACAUUCGCAUUCGCAUUCACAUUCACAUUCUCGGCAUUCGCAUCAACACCAGGAUGAGGAAGAUAGAGGGUACGGAGAGUACGAUGAUAGCGACGAGGAGGACGCAGCAGCAGAGGAGGAGGAACAGGAGAGGUUACGGAUGGACCUCGCCUGCGGACGUCCUCAUCCUCAUCCUCAUCCUUCACAAAGCCAGGCCCAGUAUCAAUACGGACAGGGAAGCAGGAGCGGAGUGAUAGGGAUAGGGAUGGGGACAGGGAUGGGCGCGAGUCAGAGUGGGACGAUGGGGACGAGCAGUAUGAGGCGGGCGAGGGACGAGGAGGAGGGGAUUGGUAUGGGUGCGAGUACGGGUACGGGCUCGGGGAUUGGGGCGGGGGGGUUGUCGGGGUUGUUCCCUGGUUCGGAUCUGUUCUGAGCUCGGAUUACUUUUUGACGAUGAUGCACGAUGAUGUCUGUGCGUUGGAGGAGAGUGGGCGGUUGCUUGUAUAUAUAUUAGGUUGUGUUUUCCCCUAUGGCAGAGUAGGAUCAGGGGCGAGAGGCGAGGCGAGGCGACAGAGAGGGAGGGGUGUUUCUCUUUGGUGACCGCACGGUUUCAUAGAUUUUCCUCUUUUUUGCAUGACCUGGUACGUACUUACUACUUACUUACGAUCUGAUCUGUAAUAUAUUUGUUGUGCUCUGUGUAUUGC